UUCGUAACCACGCCUGAACAGACUUGGGCAAUCAUAUCGGUUUGCACUGUUUCACUAAAACUACUACCAUCGCUACUCAGGGUAGCAAGAUAAACAUCAGUGAAGCAGCAAAUAUCAACGUAAACAGAAGAUCAACACCCCGGGAUACUAUGGACUAUACGUUCUUCCGGCCUUUUCACGGGACUACUCCUUCGGGAUAUGCUGGUGUCGAACCCGGGUCUGUGGAGCCUAAAAUCGAAGCCUCUAGAAACAAAGUUGGCUAGUACUGAGGCUCAAGCCCGGUCGGUUGGACGACUAAGUCUUUUCAUAGUAGUAAGUCUUCCUACAGUUCUCCUGCUAAGAUUUAACCAAGUCCACCGUGUCAAUUAUAAUCAGCGAUCAUUCGUCGACAAGAAGUACUCAUUUCAUAUCUCUAUUUAUUACCCCAUGUCUUUUCUGUUUUCCUUUCAUUUUUCAUUUCCAGAGUUUGUCUUGUCUGCCUAACCCCCGCCCGGUAGCAUAUAAUUCUUCAACAAAUCUUAUGUCACUCGCUUAGCUCAAUUAUAAAGCAAUUCCAAAGUCGCUGCAGCCAAAUGAUCUUCUUUUAGUCAUUACGCAUCUGUAUCCGUAAGAACUAGGUGAUUGGUUCAAGCCUCUCCUUAUUCGCAAAAUGCUAAAUCUAUUAUUUCUUCGUUGCCCUUUUAUGUAGUAUGGCGUAUUCUGUAACUCUGAAUAAUCACUCUAUUCUAGGAGUGAUGGUGAUGGCUUUAUAAAUUUACAAUCAAACUUGCUAACAAACAACAACUGGCGGUCAUUUCAAAGCUUGUGAGCCUGUCUGCGCAAGUCGUAAAGAAUUGUGGAGCGUUACAUCUCUGCGAGGAACUACGGAAGUAUGUAUAUUAUAUUCCACAG